AUGUAUCUUUUAUUGGCUGGGCUAGGCUCUCUGGCCACCGUUCUUGCCUACGUCGCCUACACGGAGUCUAUUUGGUCAAAAUCACUACGAACUCGCCAAGCUGUACUUGACCAACUCGGCCUUGUUCAGCGCGCGGAAUCCAAAAUUUACAGAUUCGUUGGAUUCUUUCAUCCAUACUGCAAUGCAGGUGGAGGAGGAGAGCGGGUCUUGUGGACCGCCAUUGCACACAUCCAACGAGAGCACAGGGAUAUCGUAUCUGUCGUGUAUUCCGGUGACACGGAUGCGUCGAAAACGGACAUCAUAAAUAAAGUAAAGGCUCGCUUUGCCAUUGACUUGGAACCAUCGACUUUACAUUUCGUCUAUCUGAAGUCAAGAUAUCUGGUGGAAGAUUCGAGAUGGCCACGGUUCACCAUCCUUGGUCAGAGCUUGGGCUCCAUCUACCUCGCUUGGGAGGCUAUGUGCGAAUUCGUCCCAGACCUAUACAUCGAUACCAUGGGCUAUGCAUUCACAUUCCCCGCCGUAACUUGGCUUACUCGUGGUGCCGUCCCAAUCGGAGCAUAUGUCCACUACCCAACCAUAUCCACUGACAUGCUUGCGCGUGUCCCAGCGGAGUCUUGGAAGAUGUGGGCCAAACGAGCUUACUACCGCCUUAUGAUGUACUAUUACGCUCUUUCUCUCUCACACGCUCGUUUUCUGAUGGUGAACUCCUCGUGGACGCGAAACCAUAUAGCUUCUAUACUAUCCCACGAGCAUUUCGGGCCCACGAUGUGUUGGGCGUCCCGUCUCACACCUCUUCUGGCCGUCGAAUUAGCUCUUUCAUCAAGGGCUCUGCGGACGACAAUGCUCGUUGUGGGUAGUUAUCCUACAGCAGGUAGCCCGGCUAUCCAGACUGUCCAGACCGUAGAGCCUGAAAUUGUAUAUCCACCCUGUGACAUGCGGGAGAUGGUCAAGUUCCGUUUGGAUAAUAGAGAGCCUACAAUUCUCAGCGUGGCGCAAUUUCGCCCGGAGAAAGACCAUGCAGCCCAACUUCGAGCAUUCGCACAACUUUUAAUGGAUCAUCCCGAGUACAAAUGCUCCCCUACAAGUAAAGUGCACCUCGUGCUUCUUGGUGGCGCUCGCAAUGCGGGUGAUUUAGCCAGGGUGGGAAAACUCCGCUCAUUGGCAAGCGAAUUCGAUAUCCUCAAUCAUGUUACCUUCGUUGUCAAUGCUUCUUACCCAGAGGUCCUAAAAUGGCUGUCCCGUUCCAGCAUCGGGCUUAGCACAAUGGUGGACGAACAUUUUGGCAUCAAUAUUGUUGAAUUCAUGGCUGCCGGUUUGAUCCCGUUGGUACACGCGUCUGGAGGUCCUUUGCAUGACAUAGUGGUACCCUACCAAUUAGGGCCCACGGGCUUUCACGCCAAAGCCCCCGGAGAGUUCGCGACUGCCAUGCACGAGAUCCUGACGUUGGAUCCGGUACAAACGACGACCCUUCGCGAGAGGGCGCGGAGAUGGGCAACCGAGAGGUUUUCCGAGGAGGAGUUCGUGAAAGGGUGGGAGAAGAGUGGGUGGAGAAGUCACAUACCCUAG